AUAGGGUAUAUGGUCAAAUUUUUGAAGAUAUGCGUCUGAUCAAAUUUGGCUAUGUCUAAGUGACUAGGAAUGCUUAUGAGUGUUAAUAUUUCUGAUGAUAUAUAAUGAAGGGACCUUUGUAUAGUGCCGUCUGUGGGUCCUGUCCCAUCUUUCGCCGGUGCCGGCUCCUCGGCCGCGUUCAAUGCCGCUUCUCUACUCGCUCAGAUGGAGAUGGUGGGUGCGCAAGGGAUGAACUCCUAUUUGCUGCAAAACCUAAAUCAGAUUCUGGUUUCUGGUAUGGUCGCACAGUAUGGCCAGAUGCCACCCUGGGCCCAACCUAAGCCUGGCAUGUGGCCUCAUGACAAGUUGCAAGGUGAAGAAGAAGAAGUGGAUGAUGAGGAGAUGGGUGUGGCUGAGACAUACGCAGAUUACAUGCCGUCAAAAUUGAAACUGGGUCGUAAGCACCCCGAUCCAGUAGUGGAGACAGCAUCCCUGUCGUCUGUGGAGCCAGUGGAUGUGACGUAUACAUUGAGCCUGCCGGAGGAGACGGUGCGGGGCGGGCUGCUGUCCGCGCUGCAGCUGGAGGCGGUGGUGUACGCCAGCCAGGCUCACGAGCAUACCCUGCCUGAUGGUACACGAGCUGGAUUUCUCAUAGGUGACGGUGCUGGUGUGGGUAAGGGACGUACGAUCGCGGGCAUCAUCUUUGAGAACUACCUGAAGGGUCGCAAGCGCGCCAUCUGGGUGUCUGUCUCCAACGACCUUAAGUACGAUGCUGAACGUGACCUGCGAGACAUCGGAGCUGGCAAGAUUGAAGUACAUCCCCUCAACAAGUUCAAAUACGCGAAGAUAUCAUCAGCUGUGAACGGCAACGUGAAGAAGGGGGUGGUGUUCUGCACGUACUCUGCAUUGAUAGGGGAGACUCAGUCCUCCAGCACCAAGUACAGGUCCCGGUUGAAGCAGCUGCUCCAGUGGUGCGGUGAAGACUUUGAUGGAUGUAUUGUAUUCGACGAAUGUCACAAAGCGAAGAAUCUCUGCCCGGUGGGGUCGGGCAAAGCUACCAAGACGGGUCUCACUGCACUAGAGUUGCAGAAUAAAUUGCCCAAAGCGCGAGUCGUUUAUGCCUCAGCUACGGGCGCUUCAGAACCAAGAAACAUGGCGUAUAUGGUGCGCCUUGGCAUUUGGGGCGAAGGCACGCCUUUUCCUACAUUUAUGGAUUUCAUUAAUGCUGUUGAAAAGAGAGGUGUGGGAGCUAUGGAGAUAGUUGCGAUGGACAUGAAACUCCGAGGCAUGUACAUUGCGCGUCAGCUCUCUUUCCACGGGGUCACCUUCAAGAUAGAAGAGGUUCCGCUGUCUGAUGCCUUCAAGGAGACAUACGAUAAAGCCGUCGCUUUGUGGGUGGAGGCAAUGCAGCGUUUUACAGAAGCAGCGGAGCUGAUAGACGCGGAGUCACGCAUGAAGAAGACCAUGUGGGGACAGUUCUGGUCAGCGCAUCAACGGUUCUUCAAGUACCUGUGUAUUGCUGCCAAGGUGAAUCACGCUGUGGUGACGGCGCGCGAGGCGGUGAAGUGCGGCAAGUGCGUGGUGAUCGGGUUACAGAGCACGGGCGAGGCGCGCACCCUCGACCAACUCGAGCGGGAUGACGGCGAGCUCAGCGACUUUGUCUCCACCGCCAAGGGCGUAUUCCAGACGUUGGUAGAGAAACACUUCCCUGCGCCGGACCGGACGCGCAUCAACAGACUGCUUGGCUUGGAGGCGAAGCCCGCCACUGUGACACAUGCGCCCGCGCACAACGGACGUAAUGGUGACGACGCUAACACCUCAAAGAGGAAGUUAACGCCCCGUCAGCAAGCUAACGUGGCUGCAAAGCGAGCGCGUGGUGGUUCCUCUUCGGACGAGUUCAUCCGUGGUUCCGACGAUGACCUUGACGACGAGUUGGCUGAGGACUCCGAUGAUGGCCGCCACUCUGACUCCGAUCAGAGUGACUCAAAUCCCUUCAGAGCGGGCCGAGAGAGCGACAGCGAUGAUGAUCCAUGGAUCAAUCGCAAGAAGAAGCCGAUAAAAAAGAAGAAAGCGGCAUCACCUAAGAAGAAGGCGGCGAGCACGCAGGACAAGAUUGAGACGAUGUUUGAGAGGAAGACGACCGCGCCCUCUACCGUCACCGUCACUACGGCCGGCGGACACAGCCUCACUGGCACACCUGUUGGCACUAAUGGACUAUACCUUGGACCCAGUCGUAACCAGCCUCCACCGCGGUCGGCAAUCGAGCGCGCGUGCAGCAUGAAGGAGGAACUUCUUGCAGCAAUAGAGAAGCUGGGCCGCCGCCUGCCACCCAACACGCUCGACCAGCUGGUGGAUGAGCUGGGUGGUACUGAGAAUGUUGCUGAGAUGACAGGUCGUAAGGGUCGUGUGGUGCAGACAGAAGAGGGUCAGAUACUGUACGAGAGCAGGUCGGAGGCGGACGUACCUCUGGAAACUCUUAACUUGACGGAGAAGCAGCGGUUCAUGGACGGCGAGAAGGACGUAGCUAUUAUAUCUGAAGCGGCAUCCAGUGGUAUUUCACUUCAGAGUGAUAGGAGAGCUCGAAAUCAAAGGCGGAGAGUUCACAUAACAUUAGAGUUACCGUGGUCAGCUGACAGGGCCAUACAGCAAUUUGGUCGUACCCACCGUUCUAAUCAAGUGAAUGCACCUGAAUACAUCUUCCUGAUCUCUGACUUGGCUGGAGAGCGGCGCUUCGCCUCAACAGUCGCCAAGCGGCUGGAGUCCCUCGGCGCCCUCACGCAUGGAGACCGCCGCGCCACUGAAACAAGGGAUCUCAGCCAGUUUAAUAUAGAUAAUAAAUAUGGUCGCACUGCCCUGGAGGCGGUGAUGAAAGCGAUAAUGAAGUACGACACUCCGCUGGUGGCGCCCCCGCGAGACUACGCCGGAGACUUCUUCCAGGAUGUAGCUGUCGCACUUGUCGGCGUCGGUCUGAUUGUCAACAGUGAGAGCGCGCCCGGAGUACUCUCACUGGACAAGGAUUACAACAACAUGUCAAAGUUCUUAAACAGGAUAUUGGGUAUGCCGGUAGAGCUACAAAAUAGGCUGUUCAAAUACUUUACAGACACGCUGGCGGCUGUUAUGGAGCAAGCAAAGCGCAGCGGCCGCUUCGACCUCGGCAUCCUGGACUUGGGUAGUGCGGGCGAGAGUGUGCGCCGCGUCGCCUGCGUGCGCUUCCUGCGCCGGCACGCCACUGGCCGCGCGCCCGUCGAUCUCAUCACUGUGCAGACUGAGCGCGGCAUGGACUGGAUGGAGGCGUUGGAGAAAGAGUCUGAGCUGACAAGCCCCAAGGAGGGUUUCUACCUGUCGCAAGCUGCCCGCAACAACAAGCACACCGCCGUGCUCUGUGUCGCAGCGCAUACGCCCAACAACAGGAAGGAUCGGCCCACAAAGAAAGAGAUCAUGUUCCAAAUAUACAGACCGAACACUGGUCUCCAGCUGCGGCUAGAAUCUCUCGCGGAGAUCGAGAAGAAAUACAAGAAGGUGACGAGCGAGGAGGCGGAGGGCCCGUGGAAGGCGCAGUACGCGGCCUCGCUGCGAGUCUGCAGCCACGCGUACUGGCGGUCCGCCUGCAGGAAUGCCUCAGAGUGCGAGGUGGGUCUGCGCGUGCGCACUCACCACGUGCUGGCGGGGUCAGUGCUGGCGGUGUGGGCGCGCAUGGAGGCGGCGCUGGCGGCGCGCGCUGCGCUGCACAAGAUGCAGGUCAUACGCAUCAAGACGGACGACGGCAGGAAGAUUGUUGGAACAGUUAUCCCAAAGAAUUGUGUUGAACCGCUUAAGGAGGCGUUAGCGUCGGACGCGGUGUCCGUCACCGAGCAGAAAUUCGACACAUCUGACGCGUUAAAAUGAACCCUCAACAGUCUACAUAAAGACUAGAUUAGCUCGCAGCCCGCGAUUAGUUCCUCUCUCUUCAUUUAGCGCAUAGUUCAGGACCAAAGUGGUCCUAAAGUAGGUUGGUCCUACAGGACGGUUAUACUUCGGACCAGGUCCUGGACUUGGUCAAUUACGAUACGGCCGUAUGACUGAUUUUAUUUUGCCCCAACCAUCCCCGAAUAUUCAGGUCUUAAGACUUUUAUGGAGUAAUUUAUUUGUAUGUAGAUACUUCUAGUUAUAUUAAGAGGAUGAGGGUUAAAGUAGUGGUCCGGUUUCGUUUCCUAUGUUUUGUGAUUAGUCAUUUGAGAAAGUGAUGUAUUUAAGAGCGAUGUGUUCAAUGUGAUUAUUUUUCUUGUUAAUUUACUCGAUAUUUUACACAUUGACUGAAAUUAUUAUUUUUUUUUGUUAAGGUUUUGUUUACAAUUAAUUUUUAACUCAUUAAUGUAUAUUCAGUAGCCAAAUGGCAACAUUUUGUCUACGUUCUAAGAUGUUGCCUACCGUAAUAAAGUCUUAUAAUUAUAUAGACUUUAUUUAAAUAGCCGUUUUUUUAAUUUCAUAGUAAAACUGGUCUGUAAAUUUUUUUCAAUGUGGCUUAUUGUGAUCAGAUCGUAUGAAUUUUUUUAUAUAUUAAGUUUACGACAGUAUAAAUCCUAUUGACAAUUGCUUCACAAUUAAAAAGUUAAACUUAUAUUCUUGCAAUGUAUUUAGUCGAUGUUAUUGCAAAACUGACACUUUGUGGACUAAAGAAAUAGAAAUAAACUGUUCAAUGUUUUACCGUCAGAGAAAAUGAACGGUGACUGUUUUACCGACAGAGCAAACAUCGUGACUGUUUUACCGACAGAGCUACAAAUCUAUCUUUACUGUUUUAACUAUAGAUUUGACUAAGGAUAAAGCAGUCGGUUAAAAAAAUUAAGACUCUUAAGAAGUGAUUUCCUUAAAAAGUGUAGAUAAAAUAUCAUUUAUUUGAUAACGUCGUUUUAAAUACAUAUUUCAAAGUUAAUAUGUAUCCUUAAAAAAAUGUAAGAAAUUAAAUUUUAAGUUUUCAGACCCUAGUCUUUAGUAAUCUCUCUCAAAUUUAUGACACUAAUUAUUAUCGAAAAAAAAAACAAUUUUUAUCACGAUAAUGAGAAUAAUUUCUUAGCCCCGUUGACAGUUGAUUUGUCUUUUUAAAGUAAAUAAAUUGACUCACGAAUUUAUUAUUUGUACAAAGUUUUUAACCAAGUUUUGUGUGAUGUAAGUUAUCUCAAACUACCUACCUUUUAAACAAUAAUUUUCGACCCUUUAUGUACUUGCCCUAUUUGAAGUGUUA